AUGUUCUGGCUCAUAGGUUGUUUUGCUCUUGUGGUCCCUGCACUGGGGUGUGGGGUGCCUGCCAUUGAGCCCCAGAUAAGUGGAUUCAACAAGAUUGUAAAUGGGGAGACGGCUGUGUCUGGGUCCUGGCCCUGGCAGGUCUCAAUUCAGGAUACCAUGUUUAACCACUUCUGUGGGGGAUCCCUUGUAAACCAGUACUGGGUUGUGACUGCAGCUCACUGUCGUGUGUCCAAAAUAUCCCACCGCGUUGUUUUGGGAGAGCAUGAUUUCGAAUUCAACAGUGAGCAUAUUCAACGCAGGAUCAUUGCCAAGAUAUUCACACAUCCUAACUACAACCCCAGUACUUUUAAUAACGACAUUGCCCUUCUGAAGUUGUCCCACCCGGCGCAGAUGACCAACCGCGUGUCUCCCGUGUGCCUGGCCUCCUCCAUGGCCGUAAUCCACCCUGGGACUCAAUGUGUUACCACUGGGUGGGGAAAGACAGGGCAAACCUCGACCCCUCGUUAUCUCCAGCAGACGGCCCUGCCUGUGAUCAGCCCUGACAUGUGCAGGAGUUACUGGGGUUAUAACAGAAUCACUGAUGCUAUGAUCUGUGCUGGGGCUGCCGGAAUGUCUUCCUGCCAGGGUGACUCUGGUGGUCCUCUGGUGUGUUUAAGAGGUGGCUCGUGGGGCCUGGUGGGCAUCGUGUCUUGGGGCAGCUCCAGCUGUGACGUGCAUACUCCUGCCGUGUAUACAAAGGUGCCCCACCUGCGGGGAUGGAUCGACCAGACCAUCGGCUGGAACUGA